CGGGCAGGAAGUCCCCGGGAACUACAAAUUGAGGCAUGCUGGGAGCAUUCCCACGCCCCUCCCAGGAAAUGUCCUUUGUCCAGCCGAACAGGAAGCCCCAGUGAGGAGUCAGCCCGCCGUGGCCACUGCAGCCGCUCCACAAGGACAGGAGCUCCGGCACCGGGGCAGCUUCGGGACUCGGGCUGCUCAGCCUCGCCUUCUCUUCCUUCUCUUCUAGUCCUCCUCCUCUCCCUCCUCCUCCCGCUGUCUCCGCGCAGCUUCUGAGAAGAGAUUCCCAUCUCCCAGGAAGCCGACUUGAAGGUAUCAGCAAGCCAGAGGAAUCCUUAGCUUGUAAAGGUGGAAGACACGGAAAUCUCGGAUCAGUUCCUGGCCUGGUUUUCCCGGAUGGAACAAGAGGAAGAACUGGGUGUGUCUGAACUCCAGGACUCGGGGGACAGGGGGAUGGGCUCAGAUAUCGAGGACUCGGAGGAGAGGGGGAUGGGUUCAGACCUGCAGUACAUGGAUGAGAGAGAGGACGACCCGGAGGAGAGGGAGGUGGGCUCGGACCUGCUGGACGAGAAAUACAGAGAGGAGAACUCAGAGGAGAGGGAGAUGGUGACAGACAUCUACACAGCAGAUGAGAGACUCCUCAGUGAGGAAGAAGAGGCAGCCCUCCGGGAGGAAAACGAAGAUGAUGUGGAGGAUCCUGAAGUGGUGGAGAUGGGGAUGUUCUCGGGACUGUCUGAGUCGGAGAGCCUAACGCAGAGUCCCAGAGAGGGGGACGAGAGCGCCGGAGAGAGCCGCCUGGAGGAGGAGGAAGACCCCCCGGCCCUGCCCUGGAGGAGACGCCUCUCCAUAGGGAAGUGUCCCCGGGAGGGCAAAUCUGCCCAGCGACGUUUUCAUCAUGCCCACCACCCGAUGGCCGUGGAUUUUGGGGAACUCAACAGCUUGAUGGCCAGCAUCAUGGAAGCCCCCACCAUCUGUUCCGAUUGUGGCGAGAGCUUCAGCCCCGGAACGGCCUUCCUUCAGCACCAGCGCAUGCACCAGCUGGCCCAGGCGGCCGCGGCGGCGGGGGUGCAGCCUUACGGCUUCGCCACGGAGUGUGGGGGAGUGGUGGGGAUGGUGGGGCUGGGGGGCACGGGCACCCUGGGCUCCGUGUUGCCCCGGACCCCGGGAGAGAAGCCGUACCGCUGCGGAGAAUGCGGCAAAGGGUUCAGCCGCAACACGUACCUGACCAACCACCUGCGCCUGCACACGGGUGAGCGGCCCAACCUGUGUUCGGACUGCGGCAAGAGCUUCAGCUGGCGCGCAGACCUGCUCAAACACCGCCGCCUGCACACCGGGGAGAAGCCGUACUCGUGCCCCGAGUGCGGGGAGGCCUUCAGCCUCAGCUCCCACCUGCUGAGCCAUCGGCGGGCCCACGCGGCGGCCAGCGGGGCCGGGGCGGCGGCGCUGCGCCCCUUCGCCUGUGGCGAGUGCGGGAAGGGCUUCAUGCGCCGCUCCCACCUGGCCAACCACCAGCGCAUCCACACCGGCGAGAAGCCGCACGGCUGCGGCGAGUGCGGCAAGCGCUUCAGCUGGCGCUCGGACCUGGUCAAGCACCAGCGCGUCCACACCGGGGAGAAGCCCUACAUGUGCUCCGAGUGCGGGGAGACGUUCAGCGUCAGCUCCCACCUCUUCACGCACAAGCGCACGCACUCGGGCGAGCGCCCCUACGUGUGCAGCGAGUGCGGCAAGGGCUUCGGCAGGAACUCGCACCUGGUGAACCACCUGCGGGUGCACACCGGGGAGAAGCCCUUCGGCUGCGCCGAGUGCGAGAAGCGCUUCAGCGACUUCUCCACGCUCACCCAGCACCAGCGCACGCACACCGGGGAGAAGCCCUACGCCUGCGUGGAGUGCGGCAAGAGCUUCAUCCAGAGCUCCCACCUCAUCCGCCACCGCCGCAUCCACACCGGAGACAAGCCGCACAAGUGCGCCAGCUGCGGCAAAGGCUUCCGCUACAAGACCCACCUGGCGCAGCACCAGAAGCUGCACCUCUGCUAGGGCUGCACGGGGGAGGGCGCCGGGUCCCGGGAGGCGGGAGAGCCCAAG